AUGACCCCAUGCUGUCCCCGCUCGCCUCUGCCCCGCCUGGUUACGCCCGUUUCCCAGGGACCCGCUGAGGGUCCAAUGCCCCCAGGCCUCCCUCUCACACCACUCUACCUCCUGGGGCCAAACGUUAACAGGGGCUCCUCACCGCGGACAAUUGCUGCCGAGAGACGUGGGAAAGAAAUGUCACAAGGCACUCUGACAACCAAGAAAGUCGCCAUGUUUCACAACAGCUCACAGAGAAAAUACUGGACCUUUAAAAGUGAGGAUGAGUUGGAACAGAUGAGAGUCGGCGCCAAUGAGAAAUUCCGUAAAACGGUUCUUGAAACUGGGAAGCCUGGUGUAAGUUCCUCCAUGUUGUUGGAGCGUUAUGAGGAGGACGUUUUGUUCCGUCACUAUGAGAGGAGGAUGCUCGACUUCUGCAGCGCCUUUAAGCCUUUGAUGCCCAAAUCAGUAGUGGGAACAGCCCUCAUGUACUUCAGAAGAUUCUACCUGAACAACUCCAUCAUGGAGCACCACCCCAGGAUCAUCAUGCCUUACAUCCCUCCUCCUCUGCGCUGUUACAAGUGCCAAAGAUACGGUCACAUUGCAGCAGUGUGCAAAGGGAAGCAAAGAUGUGCAAAGUGUGGUGCAGAUCAUAGGCUGACGUGCGCAUACCUGUCCUGCAAAGUGGACGAGUUCAACGUGUCUUGCACCCAGUUCGUGGGCAAUCUUCUGCAGGAGACUGUUGCAGGACAAGAGAGGGUCCUGGAGCAAAUCCUUGAGUAUGAGCUGCUUUUAAUUCAGCAGCUCAAUUUUCACCUGGUCAUCCACAACCCCUACAGACCCAUGGAGGGUCUGCUCAUUGAUCUCAAGACUCGAUACCCAAUGCUGGAGAACCCAGAGUCACUGAGGAAAAGUGCUGAUGACUUUCUGACCCAGGCAGCCAUGACGGAUGCAGGACUUCUGUUUCCCCCCUCUCAGAUUGCUCUCACUGCUAUCCUGAAUAGUGCUUCCAGAGCUGGCAUCAACCUGGAGAGCUACCUGACUGAAUGCUUGAAACUGAAAGAAGACAAAGAAACUCUUUUAAAGAUGUACGACUCCAUGAGACGUAUGAAAACCCUUCUCAAAAAAUAUGAGCCACCCAAACUGGAAGAGGUGAAUAUUUACAAACAGAAGUUGGAGAGGAUCCACGCUGAACUUUCCACUUCAAGCAAGUAA